UGCCGAGAACCUAGAUUGCUGUCUGGACUAUAGAAAUAUAACAACAGCUCCCCCAACAAAUAAAAGGGCUCAAUGACCAAAGAACUGGAGAAAUGAGGGCAUUGAGAAGAACAGAGAAGGCAGAUUUACCAAGCCACGAACUAGCCGAGAUUCAUGGACAAUACUCUCUUAGAAGAGGGGAAAAUAAAUGAGCGAUUGUUGCAAACAACGUUUCUUUAAUAAGCUAAAGAAAGGGGUGAGUUUGUUUGCUUUAAAUAUUGUGAAGGGGACAUGGGGCAUUUUUCCAGGUAAUUGAAUAAUUCAACAUGAAGGAAGUAAGAGAUCAUUGCAGAUGAGCCAUGGGUCUUGGAGGAAGGGAGUAAAGACUCCCAAGGAGAAAGAAUAAAGCAAAGAGGAACAAGACCUUGGUCUUGGUUCAGGAAAGGAGAGAGGUAAAGGCUGUCCGUGAAGAUGGAUAAGUUCCGAAUGAUCUUCCAGUUCCUCCAGUCCAAUCAGGAAUCUUUCAUGAAUGGCAUCUGUGGGAUCAUGGCCCUGGCCAGCGCCCAGAUGUACUCCGCCUUUGAUUUCAACUGCCCCUGCCUGCCGAGUUACAACCUGGCGUAUGGCAUGGGCAUCCUGUUUGUGCCCCCCUUGGUCUUGUUCCUCCUGGGCUUUGUGAUGAACAACAAUGUGUCCGUGCUGGCAGAGGAGUGGAAGAGGCCCACGGGCAUGAGGCAGAAGGACCCGGCUGUCCUGCGCUACAUGUUCUGCUCCAUGGCCCAGCGGGCCAUGAUCGCACCCGCUGUCUGGAUCUCCGUGACACUGCUGGACGGGAAGUGCUUCAUGUGUGCGUUCAGCACCUCGGUGCCAGUGGAGAAGCUGGGGAACGGGAGCUACACAGGCCUGUCGGAGAAGGAGAUGAGGAGGAUGCUGGCCCGCAUCCCCUGCAAAGAGAUCUACAGCGGGCAGGAGCUUGUGGCCAGGGAGGUGGCGGUGAGAUACCUGCGCUGCAUCUCACAGGCUCUGGGCUGGUCCUUCGUGCUGCUGAUGACCAUGCUGGCUUUCCUUGUCAGGGCCCUCCGGCCCUGCUUCACUCAAGCUGCCUUCCUGAAGAGCAAGUAUUGGUCCCACUACAUAGACAUUGAGCGCAAGCUGUUCGACGAGACCUGCACAGAGCACGCCAAGACCUUCGCCAAGGUCUGCAUCCAGCAGUUCUUUGAGGCCAUGAACCAGGACAUGGGCCUGGGGCACACCCACUCCCCUGAGGCGGCUCCCUCGGAAGUGGGGGAAGAGAAAGAGAAGCUACUGGGCAUCACAGACCAGGGGACUAUGAACAAGCUCCUGAAGAGCUGGCACAAAUGCAAGCCGACUCUGUGCCUCCAUCAGGAGGUGUUACAGAACGGGAACAGCUGGGUGGAGGAAAAUCAGCAUCGCAAUCACAUCAGUCUGCCCAAGAGGGAGAUUAUCACCUACUAUAGUAAAGUGUGAGGAUGGGCUACAGGAACAGAGAUCAGGUGUGGCCUUAGAGAUGGCCACCUAGGGCUCCCUUUCCAAGGGGUACCCCAGUAACAUUGGGACCAUUAUGGUCACUCCAGAGAGGCCAGUUCAGAGCACCUCUUCCCCACCUACCCGUCCCUACUCCACGUAGCUGAGCAGAAACAAAAAGACCAUUUGGAGGAGCAGGAGCUGCAUGGGGUGGGCUGUUGAGCUGAGUAGGGAGAAGGGAAAAUGAGCACCAGAUGCCACCUUCAAACAGGCUGGCAUGACAAUCAGGUUUGCAGGAAGGACCAAUGGCAGUGCAAUUUCGCCUCUGGCAUGCCUUGUAUACUCCAGCCUGCAGUUCAUAGGGGGGGUUGCCUCUGAGCUGAGCAAUAGAGAAUGCCUGGCCCCAGCAUUUAGUUCUGCAGCCAGUAAUUUCAAUUUAAAGUCUAAAUCCACCGUGACAAUGAUUUCUUCAUACAAAGGGCAACUACUGAGCGCUUGUCUAUACGGGGAGUUUAAACUGGGCUAGAUGGAGUUAAUGUGGUUUGAAAACGCUUGCAUGCGCACAAUGCAAUUCAUUGUAGUGCACCGACUACACAUUUAUCACAGGACACUGUAGUCCUCUUUCAAAGUGAACUAACUUUGCAGCGAAGCCAGUUAGUCCAGUCUAUUGUUCAAGUACACGCAAUGCCGCCGUGCACUACUUUGGCAUUCCUCCAACUGCUAUCCCACGCUGCUUUGCUAGCAAGCAUUAUUGACUUGUCAGCUUACCUGCAUAGCCUCCCCAGCUCGGGGGUUGAGUUGACCGGACAGCUCCUCCUGUGUACGACCUGGUGCACAGCCAGAUUUUGUCCAUUUGCUCCUGGAUUCCAGUUUAUCACAAUAGCUGCAAUAACACUGCAGAAACCCAACAGCACACCUCCAGCAGCCACUUGGAGUCAUAGAAUCAUAGAAUAUCAGGGUUGGAAGGGACCUCAGGAGGUCAUCUAGUCCA